AUGCCUCACUAUGUAACAGUACAAGAUGAUGCUAUCGAUCUACGAUUGCAAUUUAUUAACGAAUUUCAAAGGAGAAUCAGGAAACAUUGUGGAAAGAUUAUUAAAACUAUCGGAGAGCCUUUAGAGUUGGAGAAGAAAAUUAAUGAUGGAGGGAAUAAUACAUCAAGUAUGGAACGGAUUGAAAUAUUGGCCAAGAGAUUGGAGAAUCUUUAUAGAGAAAAAAUCAUUUACGAGAGGAAAAAACAAGAAAAUUGUCCAGCCUUUGAAAUUAUUGCAAAUAUUCAUCAUGAUGGAAAUGAUGAUAAUAAUAAUUAUAGAAAACAAGCUAUCAAGUUAUUUAAAACAGAAUAUAAAAAGAGAGUACUAGCGGAAAGAGAGGAGAAUGAAAGAAUUCGAAGGAAGGAGACUUUGAUUGAAAAGUUAAAGAAGGUUGAAUAUUAUGAGAGGAAGAAUCAACAAAUGAAAUGGUCUUCACUCUAUUCAGGAGUGGAAGGUGAUGAGGAAAAGCAAAAUGGAUUCUUGGAUUUGGAAAAUGUUGAAAAGGAAAUUAGUGCUCUAGUUAACAAGUACAAUGAUAUUUAUCAUAACAAGAAAACAAAGAAGACUAGAACUAAAUUUUAUUGGAAUGAGCCAGUGAUGGUAAAUCAAACAAUUCAACCAGAAUUCUCUAUUGAGCCGGAAGAUGUUCAAACAGAUACUUUUGAAAAGACAUUACCUUCUCUGUUCAAGGUUGGAGAAAAUCAAUUCACUGCCCCAACUGUUGUGAGUUCUUCCAAUUUUUUGGAAGAUAGUGAAAUGCAGAUAGAUACUAUCAUGCUUCACUCUUGUCUAGAAUUGAAAUAUUUGAAAAAACUAAGACAAGUUAAUACAGACAGCAAGAAGGAAGUCGCAGAUGAUACAUUCGUUUACGGUUCAAGCUUUAUUCGCUUUCCUCUUGAUUCAGAUAAUACAAAAGAGGAACCAAAAGCCAUCAAGUUCAGUACCAAGGUGCAAAAAAUCAGGGAGGCCAUUAUGAGCAAUAAAAACUGA